CAGAUGUCGCGGAGGAGCCGCUACGAGAGGACCAUUAAGAGGCAAGGCCACGGAGGAGGACUCGUGGAGCCUUGGUGCUACCUAGCGAACCAGCCCGUGUUUCAACCAGUUUUGAGCAGAAUCAUCGUAACCAAGGAUGUGUUGUCAAUGGAGGGCGUUGCACAAUGCACAACUGAAGUAAACAGAAGCAAGAUGGUGGAUCACACUGAUUACCUCUGGGAUCUAACUUUUCCAGCACCAAACCAGUCUAUCUUUGGUCGAAAUGCUCUAUGGUUCAAAACUAGGUGCAGGAACUGGACUGGAAGAGGGCAAUGGAUCAGGAGAGUCUUGCACAAAGAGGGACUUGGCAGUCUGGUGGAGUCUGAGUGGGUGAGCGCCGUGCUGAGACAGCCCAUCAAUCAGCCCUUCGAACACCUUUCCCCCCCACUUCCUGUAAGUGCUCUGCGAUCCACAGCGGCCGCCAGGAGUCCGCAGGAAGCCACUGGGACGAUCACGCCACCUGCUGUCCGUCCGCCGCCUCUCCAGGAUGCUGCUCCAGGUGUGGGAGAGCAUUUUCUUUCUUUCGGAGUCUUUCCCUCUCAGCCCAGGAGGGAGUUUAACUCCAGUCAAGACCGGGGCAGGGAGAAGCAGCGAAGUGCUGUCAACCCCCUCGGAGAGAAGUUCGAGGCCUGGGCCAAGCUGAAGUUGCUGGGGAGGGAUGGAGGGAUGUUCAGCAGAGCAUGA